UGACAGUGCCUCGGUGGCCUCACUUCCUCUAUUCAUCUCGCUCUUUCACUCCAUACCUGUCGCCUUCCUUAACCACUCACUUCCUUAACCACCACUAUCCUUAAUCAUAAUCACCACUCUGAAUCCAGAAAGAAAAAAAAAACAAAAACAAAAACAAAAACAAAAACGAUCAUAAAAUGCAGAGCGAAGGGCUUCCAGCCCCGGGCCCUCGCUCGCGCAGUGCCAGUCUGUCGAGCGACUCGCAGCUGCCCCGGGCCAAACUGCUGUCGCCGCCGCCGGUGAUCCCCUCGCCCGCUUUUAUCGCUCCCUCCGCCGCCUCGCAGAUCCUCACCACCGAACUCGAACUCGACCUCGAUCCCGCUCUGUUGCCCGCCGACGAGGCCGACUAUGCCUCCGCCGAGGGCGCGCUCGUCAGCGCGCCCGCCCUGGCGUCGCUCAACGCCUUCCUCGACCACCUCCUCUUCAAUAUCCUGGCUGUCGCCCGCUCCACCCAGCUGACUUGUAUACGCCCCGCCGUGGCAGAGGUCCUGAAACCACGCUUCGCCAAAGAGAUCGUCGCCGCCGCCGACGAGGAGCUGGGCGAGUACAUGGGUGGCGCCGAGGACGAGGAGCUCGACUUCCGGGGCGGCCAGGACCCUGGCGGCGAGUUCGAUCUCAUCCGCUCGUGGAAGCUGACCCGUCUGCGCUGCAUGGUCUACACCCGUCUCGGUGACAUGGAGGAGGACGACGAGGAUGACUUCAUCGUCCAGGAGGGCCUCGAUGCCCCCGCCCACAGUGGUCCUCGUCGCUUCGCCAGCCAUGUCGGCAACAUCACCCCGGCCGCCGCCAUCUUCCUCACCUCCAUCAUCGAACAUAUUGGCGAGCAGGCCCUGGUCUUGGCCGGGGAGACUGCCUGCUUGCGUGUCUCCAGGGCUGGUGCCGCCGCUGCCACUGCCGCCGCCUCUCCCUCCUCGGAGCGUGCCGCCCGACUCGUCGUCGAAGAGUCUGAUAUGGAGAAACUCGCCUUGAAUCCCACCCUCGGCCGCCUCUGGCGUACCUGGCGGAAACGCGUCCGCGCCCCAACCAUCUCCCGCGCCAUUUCCAGGGAAUUCAUCCGUCUCCGCGGCCAUUCCUAUUCUCUCUCCACCUCCAGUCAGGAUCCCCCCGUGCCUGCUCUCGUCUCCCCUGAACCCAUCGCCCUGCCGGAGUCCGAGCAUGACAGCCAGGAGACCGAGACUCCAGACGAUUCGUCUGUAGUCGACCCGGGCUCCAUCCCCCUGCCAGAGUCCGAACACGACGUACAGGAAAUCGAGAUUCCAGGAUUCUCGGUCGACCCUGAUGUGGAGAGUGAUGGCGAGGGCGAGAGCGCAAUCGUCGAAAUGGUCACCAUGCAGGCCGUCGUGGCGCACAAGGUGCGUCCGCGCAGUCUGAUGGUCUUCUCGUCCGUUCCGUCUUCUCCUCAAUCUACCUGCUCAUCAGGCUCCUCCUCCUCCUCCUUGUCCACCUCGCCGACUGCUAUCCGCACGCCGAAACCCGUCCGUCAUGCCCGCUCGAGGUCCCUGCCCAGCUCUCCGCGGACCCUCGUCCCCGGGUCGCCUAUCGUGGCGACAGAGACCCGUCGGGUUAUGCCUCGCUCUCCGUCUGAUGAACAGAGACCGCUCGAAACCAUGUACGAGAAUGAUGAGCAGUCCGUGAAGCAACUGAGCGAUACCCCUGAUCUCAACGACAGGGAGACGGUGGAUAAAGAGGAAGAAGAAGAAGAGGAAGAAGCAGGAGAACGAUCAACUUUUUUGAUAGACGAUGAGGAAACAGCAGAGCAGCAGGAACCCUCCUCGUCUGCUGUACCGGACCAUGUCGAGAAUCCUGAACGUUCCCGCUCCCCACCCUUGAGUUAUGGUCGGGAGGAGCAGGAGUCCGAGGUCAUCGAGGGUCAAGGAAUGGCAGAGAGACCAAGAUUCAUUGCCUCCGUCCCUCGGCCACCUAAAAGGAAACCGAGCAGGGACAUCAGUACCACGCAAAAGGAGUUAAGAUCGGCCAGUCCGUCGAUCGCACCACAGCUGACUGGUACGACGGUGACCAGUCCGAUUCCUCAGCCCCUGACGCAAGGAGCAGUAGAGCAAUUAUCUGUCGAGCAAGUAUCCGUCGAGCAAGUAUCUGUCGAGCAAUUGACUGCUGAAGACGAGUCUAUUGCCUCCACACAGAGACAAAGUGCUUCACCAUCGGCGGCGUACGACAAUGGCCUUGACAAAGAUUUGCAUCAUCAAUCCACCCUAUCUGUCACGGAAACCGUCUCGUCGAAGCGCGACUCGGAAUCAGCAGAUAGCAUCGGCGCCCCGCCUUCCAUCUCCGAUGCAAGUGAUCGAUCCUUCUACUCGUCGCGCACACGACCCCGGCCGACUGCUUCCAUCAUCACGACCACGACCCAGCAAAGCCUUGGCCGCUCGAGCCCUGCGGCAUCCGUAGGCAUCGACCGCGCUGCCGUCCAGCGCGUCUCCCCGCGCCCGUCCAUCUCUGCAGUCUCUGUCCGUUCCAAGUCCCGCCGAUCGGACAGCUUCAGCAGUUCCAAAGAGAGACGGCCUGUCACCUCGGGAUCCACCCAUUCCCAGGUAUCCAACAAGCUCAAGGGAUUGAUCGGACGGCCGCCGCCGCUUGAGCCUGCCUCCCUGCGCCGGCGCAGUUCUUCUGACACCAGCCGGGCGUCGAGUGGCAGCCGCUACUCGGAAGACGACGACACCAACCUGGACAAGCUGAUCAAAAGCAACGAAACCAUUCUCUUCACUUUGACCCCGAAGACCAUGCGGGAGAUCGAGCACCCAGACUCUCCGCGCUGGCAUGCUCAGAAGACGGCGCCACUGGAUGAUGAACUGCCGCGUCCCCGGACGUCGACCACCUCUGCUCGCGCAGCCGCCGCCGCCGCCGCCGCCGCCCCGGCCGUCCCAGCCGUCAAUCAUGGCCACGAGCCCCUAACGCCGCUGUCAGCGCCUCCGUACAUGACCAAGUCCAAGUCCAUCGAUUCCGUCCGACACAAGACCUUCGAAACGGCCAGCAUCGACUCGAGCACGUCGCGACGUGCUCGAGCCGGCCAGGCCCGCGAGGCACGACUUGUCGCGGAGUCGACCCGGGACUUUGCCGAAUUCAUCAAGAUGACGGGGCCGAUAGGUGGCCAAACCAUGCCGCCGAAACCGAUCAUCCCACCCGCGCUGCCGUCGCCGGCGGCGAGUGCGAUUAGCAGCUCACGAACCAUGCCAGAGUUAUCUUCGUCGUCGUCGCCGUCGUCGCCGCCGCCCAGCUCACUUGGCCGGCGGCCCAGUCUCCUAUCCAAAGCCUCGAGUCGCUUCGCGAACGGGCCCAAGCUACAGGCCCGCGCCCCGGCCUCCGCGCACGGCGAGCAGACCUCAGAUCUGAUCGAUUUCAUCCGCGAAGGACCCCCCCCAACAGCCGGGGCGCGCCAUAUCCAGCGCACCAUCGCUCCCUUCCGCGACCCCCUCGACUCGGAUGACUUCUUCAGCACCGCCCACCGCACCACCACUCGCGGCUCGGUGGCCAGCAGUAGCAAUAAUAACCACAAGUCGAUGGGUCUAUCCACAGGGACAGCUUCCCCUCCUCCUACUACUACUGCUACUACUGCCCAUGCCAGCGAUUAUCCGGCUCCCGUGCGCAAGCAACGUCGCGUACGUGAUCCGUACGACAUCGACUUUGACGACCUGGACGCAAUGCUGGACGAAGAAGAGGCGCCGGUCAAGCCCAAAGCAAGACGAGAGGAGGAAAGCCUGCUGGAUUUCCUGCGCAGCGCGACCCCACCCCCGGACUCGAACCAGCCACAACCCUUCCUGAUGAACAUGAACAUGAGCAUGUCCGCGGCCGGGACGACCGCCCGGAAUAACCGGCUGAUACACGGCCCCAGCCCUUCUUCACAGGAGCGGUUCCCCGGCUCGAAACCGUCCCGAACCUCUCUCCGCUCCCAGGCAGACAGCUACCAUCAUCACCAGGGUGGUCUCGCCGGCGCAGGUCCAGCAAACUAUACCGCCAAGGUCGGGCUGGAGCGCAGUGGGCUCGGCGGCGCGGCGUCGUCGUCCCGCUCGACCGAGACCAGCGCCCUGGCCGAUUUCCUACGCAACACGGGACCCCUGGAGCCUGUGCCGCGCCUAUCCUCGUCGUCGUCGUCGCCUUCGCUGGCCUCGAGUGCGCGCAGGGAUCUCGGCGGGUCCUUUUCGAAACUCUUCGGGCGGCGUAAGAAGCUGGAGGCAUGAUCUACUUUUUAAUUCAUUCACUUGGUUCCCCUGGUUCCCCUACUUCACUUGAUGUCUCCCUUUCGGUAGCGUUCGAGCCUGACG